AUGAGCUCGUCUCCCCUUUGGUUUCUGGCGAGCCCCACGCUCCUACUUCUCCUUGCGUUAACACCACGGGCAACACAAGCGUACGACCCCUUGCAGCGAUCAUGCGUCGGUGAUAAUGUCUGCCUGACCUCAUUCCAUUGGUGUGCCGCCGACGAGGGCCGAGAAGAUGGCCAGACGGGCUGUUCGUUCCCCGACGGGGCUUAUCCCAGGACUCUCAUGGACAACCAGCUGAACGCUGCGCUUCUCGACCGCGGCCGCGACUACAUCAUCUCGUGGAAGGAAGGGGAUCCCACGAAUGAAAACCCGGUCACGAUCACCUGGAACUUUGGUAGUGGGAAAGGCAUGGGGAAUGUGACCGGAUCCUCAUUCUCCUUCACGUUCCACCCAAGCGGUAUCCUCGGCCAAUUCCCGACAGACCUCGCCCCGGAUGUGGACUCCGGCACUGCGAGCUGGCUCGUGGCCCAGGAUUCCAACAACCAGAUCGUCAUCUCUCGGCCCAGGAGGACAGUUUCUAGCGACAGCCAGGUCGUCUCGGAGGACAAGUCGCAGUUCUUCAUACUGCCACCUGCGGAAGUCGAGUCGUUCCUGGCGGCGCAGAAGGAUGUCGGGGGGAACGAGAUGUACGACAAGUGGAAGCUCGGGGUUGGUGUUGGCGUCGGCGUGGGAGUCCCGUUACUCAUGGGGGCGUCUGGCUUCCUUGGGUGGCUGAUGGGCAAGAAGGCUACGUCGCGUGGACCUGAGACGAUUGAUUUGGCGUCUAAGUGA